GAAAUCUUGACGAGUUUCCUUUUUAGGUGCAUCAAGUACAGAGGAAAAUCAACUCAGUUCUUACUGCGUCUCCUGUCAGCCACAAGACUAUUUAGCAGUGCAGGUGUUUGCUCUCUCAAACUAUCUUUCCUGUCACAAUGAGGAGCUUCUUACACAUAGUCACCUUCAUCAUCCUGAACUUCACAGCAGACUGUGGAGCUCGGGCUCAUGUGGUUUACAAGUCAAUAGGAGAAAAAGCACAUCUCCUAUUGAAAGACCACCGGAAUAUAACAACAAUCAGAUGGAGGAAGGAUUCUAAACUGAUCGCAAUUUUAGAAAACAAAAAGCCGGAUACGAAGUAUCCAGAAAAAUAUCAUAUACAUGUUUCUGACAACUCUUUGUUUAUCCAUAAUUUGACGGUGAACGACACUGGAGAUUAUAAAGCUCAAAUUGGACAAUGGGAGGAAGAAGUAAUCCAGUACAAACUGAUAGUACAGGAACCCGUAUCAAUACCAACAAUCGAUGUCAAGCAUGAUCACCUAAACACUUCAUCUGUUUGCCACAUCUUGGUAAAAUGUUCUGCUGAUGGUGACUCAGUGACGUAUGACUGUGAUUCCCAGCACUGCACUCUGAAAAAUGCCACAUCCAAAAGGGUGAACUUUACUAUCAACUACAUAGACCCUGGGGUGUUGGAAUGCACAGCCAGCAACCGUGUGAGCAUGAAACAGUCAUCAAAACACAUGAUUAAAGCAUGUACGGAAAAAUUAUUAACACCCUCCAAAUCAUUUAGCUAUAUUUACAUUUUAAUAAUAACAAUAUGUUGCACACUGGUGUUUGUUGUCCUGGUGAGCUGCUCUAUCAAACUUUCUUACAAUUCCAGAAAGAAAGAACAGAACGAAGUCACAUAUCGAGAUGAUAAGAGUGUAAGCACUGUCUAUAGUGUGGUCUGCAAGCAACCAAGAACUGAUACUCCAGCUGAAAACAACGCUGCAGAAAAUGCAGAAACAUCAGUUUACGACGUUCCUUCAAAAUGUGCCAGGGUAUCCCGAUGUGACAACGAUGACAGCAUACAAAAUGAUGACACACAUACAGUUUACUGGAAACUGGGGCAGACACUUGAAGCUUGAAAUAAUCUGUUCCUGGAAAUAUAUAUAAUUAUGUUAUUAUAUUAUUGUAAUUUUUGCUAAAUAAGAUAAUAUAUCCUGGCCAUAUAUAAAGAACAAAGCAUUAUGUAGCCUUGAAAACAGAUAAAGUACUAUUAUUUGGUCUAUAUGUAAUCGUGUCACAC